GUAUAUAUAUACCACACACAUUAUUACAUUGUAGCACUGACUAAGUAGUAACCAACUUGGUCCAAUCCAAAACAUUAAAAAGAGAGAGCGUAAUGGCUGAGCUACCUAGCUCAGAAGCAUCAUCAUCAGCUUCCACUCGCAAGCACUCGCAUUCCGUCUACAGAGGGGUCCGAAUGCGGGCCUGGGGGAAGUGGGUAUCCGAAAUCCGCGAGCCCAGAAAGAAGAACCGGAUCUGGCUCGGCACCUUUGCCACCGCCGAGAUGGCCGCGCGUGCACACGACGUCGCGGCGCUCGCCAUCAAAGGCAACUCCGCCAUUCUCAACUUCCCCGAACUCGCCUCCUCCCUGCCCCGACCCGACUCCAACUCGCCAAGAGACGUUCAGGCCGCCGCCGCCAAAGCCGCCGCCAUGGAGGUUAACGAUGCUCCGACGACGCCAACUUCGUCGUCGUCGGCGUCACUGUCGCAGUCGUCAUCUUGGUCGUCAUUGGCGGUUAGUUCUUCCUCCGGCGAAGACCCGUCGACGCCGGAGGAGCUUGGGGAGAUAGUGGAGCUGCCGAGUCUGGGGACGAGUUUUGAAAUACCCGACCCGAGUGGGGAGUUGGUAUUUUUCGACCCGUGGCCGUAUUCUCAGGCGUGGAGUCACGGCAUUUAUGAUGAGAGUGAGAGUUAUUUUUUGGGGAUCAGAUUUCAAUGCAGGCUCAGAGACAGAGAGCAUGGUUCUUUGUGGCUUUGCCUUUGAGGCUUCAUUGUGGCAGCAUUAAUACAUUUACUAUUUGGUUUCUGAAUCUCAUCCUCCUUGCGGGUGUUGCUGUUGCACAACAGGUAUGCCUCUUCUGCUUUUGCCUUCUCCUCAAUAUUCAAUGUCUUGUCUUGUUUCAUGUAAUGCAACUCAUGAAAUCCGAUAUACCUGUAGAAAUCCUACGUGUCAGAUAUUAUUAUUAAUUAUUCUACUUUCCAUUCACUGGAAUAAGUAUAAGUAAAAGUAGAUUCUCUAUUUACACCUUUCA